AUGGAGUGGGAAGAGUUCCACGACUGGCUUCUGUGUCAAAUGGAGGCAAUCGCCGGUCCUGCAGAGGAGAAGGAGUGGACCCUGGAGGAUAUCUAUAGAAGCCAUGGCGAUAGGCUCAGAUAUGUCGCCAUGUCGAACAACGACUAUGCCGCGUUCUUAGAAUGGCGAGAACCACAGACUAAACCGACAAUGUUUUCGCCCUAUUCCUUCGUUUUGAACCCUCUGAUUGCGACCAUUCUUUACUAUAGGGAGCUCAUUCCUGGUCUUUGGACUCAGGCCAGAGCCUUUUAUGCAAGGGAUGGAGGACAUUCCGGACUGCAGGAACGUUGGAAACUUGAAAAUCACCAGACAACCACUUCUGAAGGUGGUUGUAGGAGGUAUGAUACCGGCGACAUGACCACUGUGUUUCGCUAUGUUGGGUUUGUUUGA